AUGGCAGUCUGGUUCCUCCUCCUGUUCCUACACUGGCCCUUCCAGGCUGCUGCAGACAACAUCCGGGAUGUCUAUGUGACCCUGGGGGAGGCCCUGGAGCUGCCCUGCCCCUCACCGCCCACCCUGCAUGGGGACGAACUCCUGGCUUGGUUCCACAGUUCUGCUGCAGGCUCCUCUACCACCAUGGUGGUCAAAGUCAAAAUCACCAAGUCCAUCGCUGGCCUUGGGAAAACUGGAAGGGAAUCCAGGGCCAAGCUGCUGGGCAACUAUUCUCUUUGGCUGGAGGGGUCCCAGGAGGGAGACGCUGGGAGGUACUGGUGCGCAGUGCUGGGUCAGCGCUACAAGUACCAGAACUGGAGGGUGUAUGAUGUCUCCUUGCUCAAAGGAUCCCAGUUAUCUGCAAGGGCUGCCGAUGGGUCCUUCUGCUCUCUCCUCCUCUGUUCUGUGUUUCCUGCGAGACGCCUGGACUUUGUAACAUGGCUGGAGGGGAAGGGUCCCGUGAGGGGCCGUGUUCAGUCCUUCUGGAGUGAGGGGGCUGCUCUGCUUUUGGUGUGUCCCGGGGAGGGACCUCCUGAACCCAGGGGCCAUAGACCGAGAAUCAUCCGCUGCCUCGUGUCUCAGAACAAAGGGGUCAGCUUUAGCCUGGCAGCCUUCGUGGAUGCCUCUCCCGUCCUCUGUGCCCCUUCUGCGGGCUGGGACAUGGCCCGCAUCCUGAUGCUGCUGCUCAUAGUGGGCCAGGGGUUUGCCAUCCUGGCCCUCAGCGUCCUGCUCUGGAGGCGGAGGGUCCGGACAGCUCAAGGCAGAGAUGUCCCGAUUCCCCACUUCAAACCCGAAAUCCAGGUCUAUGAGAACAUCCAUUUGGCCCAUCUCAGCCCACCGGCCCACAAGAUCAAGUGAUUCUUGGUGACAUCUGCUGCUGGGAAGUGUGACCUGCUGUCUCCCUGAA